AGGAAAUAACCUUUCUGAACAUAUUAAAAACGAAACCCAGUUGCCUUUUUUCCCUUUUCCAAAUUCUCAAUUCUCGCAGUUUGCAAAUUCCUACGAGGAAUUUCCUCGGUUCCGGCUUACUUACCAAAUUUUCUUCAGCAAACUAGAGUCUCUAAUCCACGCGCGACGUCGCGUGAAUUCACUCUCACAAUUUCCCGCUACCUUCUUCUCGGCCCCCUUCACAAGCCCUAAUUCGAUUUCUCAUUCGCAAUUAUCCAAAUCCCUAGACUCUUCUUUUCCCCCAAAUUCCAAUCAUAUUUAAAAAAAAAAAUCGAAGAUUUUUCGUGAUUGUUUUGUUCUGAUCACACCAAUUUUUUUCUUGAGCUUUUUGAAAUUUUAGGAUUCCCUAUCAUUGAAAAUUCUACAAUGUCGCCAUUUACGUCGACGUCGAAGGUGGUGGGGUCCUUAAUAUCGCGACGAAACGGCAUAAGGCAUCUCGUCAAGCACGCCGGGAACGGGAAAUCGCAUCGGAUUCGAUGCUUUAGUGGAAUUACGGGAAUCGAGACCCCUUUAUUGAUCGGAAGCAAACGACAAGAUGUAUGUUCUUCGUCUUCGAUCUUGUCCAACGUUGAUAAUCUUCAGAGGCGGACGUUUCUCGGUGUCGGUGACGGCGAAGAGGGCGGUGUUCUAUCGAAAGUCUACGAGGAAAGGCGCGUCUUGGGGUAUUCUCCAGAGCAGUUAUUUAAUGUGGUUGCUGCUGUUGAUUUGUACCAUGAUUUCCUCCCAUGGUGUCAGCGAUCUGAGGUAUUUAGACAAUAUCCUGAUGGGUCGUUUGACGCUGAACUGGAGAUUGGCUUUAAAUUUUUUGUUGAGAGUUACGUGUCCCAUGUGGAAUUAGAAAGACCCAGGAGGGUAAAGACAACUGCGUCGGAUACCACACUCUUUGACCACUUGAUAAACACAUGGGAAUUCAACCCUGGACCAGUCCCUGGAACUUGUAACCUUUAUUUCUUGGUAGAUUUUAAGUUUCAGUCACCACUUUAUAGCCAGGUGGCAUCCAUGUUCUUUAGGGAGGUGGUCUCUCGAUUGGUUGGCUCAUUUAGUGAGCGCUGCCGAUUGGUAUAUGGGCCAGGAGUCCAAGUUCUCGAAAAUUCAUAUGGACAGAGCACUUGAAAUAACAUGUGCACGGGGUAGUUUUUGUUUGGUAUUCAACCCGGUUGUCAUUGAAGCUAUACUGAUGGGGUGUCACAGUUAAUAAAACUUUCCAAACCCUAAUUUUGUCACAAGUCAUCAGUUUAUGCCCAUUUAUUUGGUUUCAUUUCUUACAUGUGUUCACGCUUUAAUUGCUUUUCUAAACGGUUGGGAAAACCGGCAAAGAAGCACCCUCUUUUUUCACCCGGACUAUCACGUUGUCUUCUGAGCUUCAAAAUGCGCGACUCAGUACCCUUCGAC